AUGGUCUUCCCUGACCUGCUAUUAUCGCCCUCGAUGCAGCCAAUUCCCCGGAAGAUGUCCGAAACAGCAAACAGCAAACAUGCCCAGCACUCCGAUGGAAUUUCCGUGACUAAUGAGGAUGAUCGCGACCUCCUAAAGCUUGGCUAUCGCUCUAGCUUGGCCCGAGGCUGGAGCUCAUUAUUCCACAAUUUCGCCUGCUCCUUCUCGGCCUUGAAUUGCGUCGGAUCCGGUAUUCUUCGAUAUCCUGGAGCUCCUGAGUCUCCAGUAGCAUACUGUCCGUCAUCACAGCUGCCUGUCUCGCCGAAGCUUGAUUAA